AUGUGGGUGGUGUGUGUGGGGGGGGGAGGUUUUAAGGUGGUGUGGGGUAGAGGGUUGGAGGGUGUUGAUGGGGUUGUAUUUGGGAUGUUGAGGGGGGGGGGUUUGGGUUUUAUAAUUGUGGAGUUGGGGAAGGUGUAUGGAGGGGUGGGGGUUGGUUGGGGGGGGGGGGUUUUGAGGGGAUAUGUUGGGGUUGGUAGGGGGGGGUUUGGGUAUGUUGGGGUUGUGGUUGGGGGGGGUUUGAUGAGGAAGUGUAAUUUGGUUGUUGUUUUUGUGGGGGGUUGGGGGGAGUUAGGGGGGUGUAGGUUGGUGGGGGUUGGGGGGGAUUUGGGGGUAGGUGGAUGGGGGGGUGUUGAGGUUGGGUGGGUGGGGGGGUGUGUGGGUGGUUUGUUGAGGUGGGGUUGGUUUUUUGUGGUAGGGGGUGGGGGGGGGUUGGGGUGGUUAGUGUGGAUGGGGGGUUUGGAGAUGUGGGGGGGGUGGGUGGUGUGUUGUGGGGGGGGGGGGGAGGUUUUUAAUGGUGGGGGUGGGGGUAGUAGGGUUGGGAGGGGGGUUGGGUUGGUAGGGAAUGGAAUGGAGGAAAGGGUAGGGUGGAGUGGAGUGGGGUGGUUGUUGAUGGUUGGUGUUUGUUUGGGUGAGUUUAUAGUGGUGUUUUGGUGUGUGGUGUGUGUGUGGGGUUGGUGGGUGGGGGGGUGGGUUGGGGGUUUGGGUGAUUUGGGGGUUGUAUGGGGUGGUGGGUUUUGGGUGGGGGUUGUGUUGGGGGGGGUGGUGGGAGGUGGGGGGGUGUGGGGGGUGGGGUUGGGGGUUGGGGGGGGGUGGGGGGGUUGGGGGGGGGGGGGGGGGGGGGGGGGGGGGGGGGGGGGGGGGGGGGGGGGGGGGGGGGGGGGGGGGGGGGGGGGGGGGGGGGGGGGGGGGGGGGGGGGGGGGGGGGGGGGGGGGGGGGGGGGGGGGGGGGGGGGGGGGGGGGGGGGGGGGGGGGGGGGGAGUGUUAUGUUUGGGGUUUUUUGGUCGUUGGGUGUUGGGGGUGGGGAGUGGUGGGGUGGGGGUGUGGGGUGGUGGGGGUGGGGGUUGGGUGGUGGGUGUUGGUGGGGUGGUGGGGUGUGGUUGGGGGGGUGGGGUGGGGGGUGGGGGGGGGGGGGAUUUGUGUUUUUUUUUGGGGGGAAGGUUUUGGGUGUGGUUUUUGUGGGUGGGUGGGUGAGGGGGGGGGGGUGGGUGUGGGGUGGUGGGGGGUUGGGGGUGGGGGUGUGGUUGGGGGUUUUGGGGGGGGUGUGGGGUGGGGGGGGGGUGGGGGGUGGGUUUUGGGGGGGGGGGUGGGGUUGUGGUGGGGGGGUGGUGUUGUGGGGGGGGGGGGGGGGUGGGGAUUGGGGUUGUUGGGGUAUUUGUUGGGUUGGGUGUUGUGUGUGUAUUGUGUAUGUGUUUGUUUUGUGGUUUGUGGGGUGUGGGGUUUGUGGUUGGUGUGGGGUUAGGGGUUUUGGAUUUUGUGUGGGUUGUGGUGGGGGUGUGUGUUGGGGGGGGUUGGGGGGGGGGGUGGGGGUGGGUGGGUUGGGGUGGUGGGGGGGGGUGUGGGGUGGGUGGUUGGGAUUAUUGGGUGUUGGGGGUGUUGGUGGGUGUGGGGAUUGGUGGUGUGGGGGGUGGUUUUGUUAUUUUGGUUUGGGUUUGGGGGUUUGUUUAUAUGGGGUGAUGAUGAGGGGGGGGGGAGGGUGGGGGGAGGGGUUUUGGUUGGUGUUGGGGUUGGGGGUUGUAGAGGGGUGUUGGUUGGGGGGUUGGAGGAGUGUGGGGUGGGGGUGGUGUUGUGGGUGGGGUGGGAGGGGGUUUUGUUGGGUGUUGUUAGGGGGAUGUGUAGGGAUGUUGUGUGGUUAUGAGUUGGGGUUGAUGGGGGGGUGGGGGGGGGGGGUUUUGGGAUAUGUUGGGGGUGGUAGGGGGGGGGGUGUUUUGGGGGUAUGUGGGUGGGUUGGUUUUGGGGGGGGUUUGUUGAGUUGUGGGGAUUUGGGGUAUGUGUGGGUGUGGAGGUGGGGUUGGGUGGUAUUUGUUUGGUGGUGUAGUAGUAAGUGGUUGUGGUGGUGGUGUAAUGGUUGGUUGUUUUGUUGUUGGGGUUGGGGUGGGUGUGGGUGUUGGGGUGGGGUGGGUUUUGUGUGUGGUUGGGGUUUGAUGUUGGUUUUGGGGUUUUUUGUAUGGGUGGUUUGGGAUUUGGUGUUGGUGUUUGGUUUGUUGUUUUUGUAUAGGGUGGUUGUAGUGGGUUGGGGGUGGGGGGGUUUUGGGGUUUUUUUGGGUUUGGUUGGGGUUGUGGUUUGGGGUAUUGGGGGGGGGUGGUGGGUAGUGGGUUGGGGGGGGGGUGGUGUGGGGUGGGGGGGGGGGGGGGGGGUGGGUGUGGUUGGGUGUGUAUAUGUUGAUAUUUGGGGUGUUUGUUUUGGGGUUGGUGGGGUGUGGUGUGGUGUGUUUGGUGGUUGGUGGUGUUUGGUUGUGGUGUGGGGGGUGUUUAUGGGUUUGGGUAAUGUUGUUGUGGUUGUGUUUGUGGGGGGGGGGGGGGUUGGGUGGGGGAGGGGAGUGUUUGGGGGUUUUGGGUGUGGUUUGGGGGAGGGGGGUAUGGUUGUGGGGGGGUGUUUGGGGGUGGGUGUGGGGGGGGUUAGGAGUGAGAGUAUUGUGGGGGGUGGGAGUGGGGGGAUUUUAAGUUUUUUUGGUGGGGGGGGGGGGGGGGGUAGGGGAUGGUUUUGGGUGUGUGUGUGUGGGGGGGGUUGGUGGGUGUUUGGUGUGGUUGGUUUUGUUAUGUGGUGGGGGUUGGUGGGUUGGGGCGGGGGGGGUGAGGGGUGGUGGGGGUGGUGUGGUUUGUUUGGUGGGGGGGGUGUGGUUGGGGGGGGGGGUUGGGUUGGGGGGGGGUUUUGGGGUGUGGGGGUUUGGGGGGUGGGGGGGGGGUGGGUUGGGUGGGUGGGGUUUUGUGGGUGGGGGUGGUGUGUUGGGGGGUGGGGGUGGUGGGGGUUGGGGGGGUGGUGGUGGGAGGUGGUUUUUAUUAAGGUGGUUUGUAUGGUUUAUGGUGGUUUGAGGGGUAAGUUUUUUUUAUUGUUGGUUUUUGGUUGUGGGGGUUUUGUUGUGGUUGGGGUGUUGUGUUGGGGGGGUGGUGGUGGGGUGUGUGUGGGGGGGGGGGUGGUGGGGGGGAGUGUUUAUGGUGGGGGUGGGGUUGUGGGUGGUAGGGGGGUGGUGUGGUUUGUGAUUGGUGUUGGUGGGGGGUGUGUGGUGGGGGGUGGGGGGGGGGAUGUGGGGGUGUGGGGUGGGGGUUGGGGUGUGGGGGGUGGGGUUGGGUUGGGGGGGUGGGGGGGGGGUUUGGGUUGGGGGGGGUGUUGUGUGUGGGGGUGGGGGGGGGGGUUGGGUGGGUUGUGGUGGGGGGGUGGUUGGGGUGGUGGGUGUUGUGGGGGGUGUGGGGGGUGGGGUGUUGGGGUGGGUGGGGGGGUGGUGGGGUGGGGGUGGUGGGGGUGGGGUUGGGUGGUUGGGGGUGGGGGGGGUGUAUUGGUGAGGUUUGGGGGUGUUUGUGUGUGGUGGGGGGGGUGUGUGGGUGUGGGGUUGGGGUGGGUGGGUUUGGGUGUGGGUGGUGGGUGUUGGGGGGGUUUGGUUGGUGUGUGUGUGGGUGGUGGGGUGUGGUGUGGGGGGGGGGGGGGGGGUGUUGGGGUGGGGUGUGGGGUUGGGGUUUGGUGGGUGGGGUGUUUGGGUUUGGUGGUGGUUGGUGGGGGGGUGGGGUUUGGGUGGGUUUUGAUGUGUGGGUUGUGUGUGGGGUGGGGGUGGGUAGGGGGUGGUGGGGGGUGGGGGUGGGGGGGGGUUUUGUGGGGGGGUUUGUUGUGGGGGUGGUGUGGGGGUGGGGGGGGUGGGGUGAGUGUUGGUGGGGGUGUGUUUUUGGUGAUGUGUGGUGGGGGAGGGGGGGGGUGUGUGGGGGUUUUGGUUUAUGGUGAAGGUGGGUGGGGGGGGUGUGUUGUGGUUUGGUGUUGGGGGGGGGGGGGGGGGGGGUGGGGGUGGGGGGGGGGUGGGUGGUGGGGGUGGGUUUGGGGGUGGGGGGGUGGGGUGGGGGUUUUUUUGGUGGGGGGGGGGGUGGGGGGGGGUGUGGGGUGGGGUUGGUGUGGGUGGUUGUUUUGUGUGGGGUGGUGGUGGGGUUGGGUUGGUGGGGUGGGGGGUUGGUGGGGGGAUGGUGAUGGGUGGGUGGGUUGGGGGUGUGUGUUUGUUAGGGUUUUUUGUGUUUGUUUGGUGGGGGUGUUGUGGUGUGUGUGGGGGUGGUUGAGUGGUGUGGGGGUGGGGUUAGAGUGGGUGGGGUUGGUGUGUUUAUUGGGUGGUGGGUUUUUGUGUUGGGGGUGUGGGUUUGGUGGGUGUGUGGUGGGGGAGGGUGUGUGGGUUUUGGGGGGGGGAGGUUGGUGGUGGUUGGGGGGGGGUGGGUUGUGGGGGGGGGGGGUGGGGGAUGGGGUGGUUGGGGUGGGUGGGGUUUUUGUUGGGUUGGGGUGUGGUGGGUGGGGGGGUGGGGGGGUGGUGGGUGUGUUGUGGGGGGGGGGGUUGUGGGGGUGGUUGGUGUGGGUAGGGGGGGGGGGUGGGGGGGGGUGGGGGGUGGGGGGGGUGGGUUGUUGGGGGGGGGGGGGUGGGUUUGUGGGGUGGGGGUGGGUGAUGGGGUGGUUGGGUGGGGUUUGUGAGGGGUGUUGUGUGGUGGUGUGUGUGUGUGGGGUGGGUGUGUGGGUGGAGGGGUUGGGUGGGGGGUUGGGGGGGGGGUGGGGGGGGGGUGUAUGGUGGUGGGGUGUUUGGGUGGGGGGGGGGUGGUGUGGGUGUGAGGGGGGUUGGGUGGGGGGGGGGGGGGGAGUUUGGGGUUGGGUUGGGGGGGGGGGGUUUUGGGGUUGUUGGGGGGGGGGGGGGGGGUGGUGGUGGGUGGUAGGGGGGGUUGGGUGGGGGGGGUGGGGGGGUUUGGGGGUGGGGGUGUGGGGGGGGGGUUGUUUGUUUUGGGUAGGUUGGGGGGUUGGUGGGUUGGGGUGGGUGGUGGGUUUGUGUGGGGGGGGGGGGUUUGUUGUUGGUUGUGGGGGGGGAUUUGUGGAGUGGUGGGGUUUGGGGGUUGGUUGUUUGGGGGGGGUGGUGUGUGGAGGGUGUGUUGGUGGGUUGGUUUUGUUGAUUUGUUGUUGUGUGGGUUGUUUGGUGUGGGGUUUGGUUUUUGUUGUGGUUGGGUGUGUGGGUUUUUGUUGGUGGGGGGGGUGUGGGGUGGAGGUGGGGGGGUGGGGGGGGUGGUGGUGGGGUGUUUGUUGGGGGUUUGUUGGGGUUUUGUUAGGGUUUUUUUGUUUUUUGUGUGGUUUAGGUUUGUUGGUUUUUGGGUGGGGGGUGGGUUUUUUGGGUUGUUUUGUGUUUGUGUUGUGUUUGUGUGGUGGUGUGGUUUGGGGGUGGGGGGGGGGUUGGUGUGGGGGGGUUGGAUUGGGGUUGUGGUGUUGUAUGGGGGUGUGUGUUUUGGUUUAUUGUGUUUGUUUAGGUUUGUUUGUGGGUGUUAUUGUGGUUUGGGUAGUUGAUAUGUUUUUGGGUGUGGUGGUGGGGGGGAUGUAUUUUGGGUGA